CUUUUCUUCCUCCAAAGGGCUUUCUCAACGUUGCUUCAAGUGAAUCCCUGAUUUUCCUUUCUGUUUCUUGAGAAAACUAUAUUGAGAUGUUGAUGAUCAAAUUUGAUGGUUAAUGAAGGAGAAAUGCUGGCCUUGAACCCUAAGAAACACGGCAAAGAGGAUCAUAUAUGGACAUCUUCGUUUCAAAGUGUAAAGUACCCUGAUAUUGAGGGUUCAAUGGGGGACCUUUGUUACAAGAAAAAUGUAGCUCAGUAUUCUAAUGUUUCCAGUGAAGCUAAUAGUGCGACAAUGGCCACAACCGACGGCGACAGCGGCGUUGAAAUCACAGAUGGUAUAAAACUUAUCGAGGGAGAUAUAGAAGCAGCUUUAACUCUGAUGGAACUAUCAAACGAUCGUUUAUGUUUGCUUAAGACUAAGUUGCAAUCACCAGCGAGAAAUGGAACCUGUCUAGGUCAGCAAAACCGGACCAGAACGAAAGUUGGCGGUGAAUGUAUGAACAACGAUGAUGUUAGAAAAUUCGGGAUGAAUGGGUCGAGCUUAUUGAAUUUGAAGCUGAAAGAGACGGCAGGACAGAGAUAUAUUUGCAUCAACACUGAAAAGGUCCUUGAUGAAAAUGAACUGCCAAUUUCUUCUUUGAAGAGAAAGAAACCGUGUAAAUCUUCCUUGGGGAAAUGUGGUUUAAAGGAAGUGAAAGCUCAACCUGGUUCCUUUGGAGGAUCAGAGGUUGAAAAUAGUGUUCAAGGGUUGAAAGGCUUGAUCCCGAAACCAUUUGAGAAUUUGCAAUUUGGUUCAAGAUGCCCCGCUGCUCACCCGGGGAAUUCGUUCUCCAUCAUUCAUUUCCUUUCUUCCAUUCGCACUGCAAUGAUUACUCCGUAUGCAAAAGAUGAACCUUCAGCAUCAAGCAACAAUUCUGCUAAAAACAAUCCUGAAAGCAUUGGCGGAUACCACUGUCUCACCAUGUCUGAAAUUGUUGAGCGAGUCAGAUUGAAUCCAGGGGAUCCUUGCGUUCUCGAAGCUCAGGAGCCACUUCAGGAGUUGGUUCGAGGUGCUCUUGCUAUAUUUUCGUCAACAACAGCACCCCUUGGUGGAAAGGGCUGGAAGGCUCUCACUGUCUAUUCCAAGUGUGACAAGUGUUGGUCCUGGAUCGGUCCAUUAUCUAUUAAGCCACACAAUGAUUUGAAAGAAGCUUUAUCGUCCGAAGCUUGGGGUCUUCCAAGCAGGACAGUUCUGAAAUUAGCCAACUGCUUUGCAGAUUGGUUGAAAAUUGCUCAAGAGUCUCUUCAAAAGAUUGGAAGCCUUCCUGCACCACCAUUGACAUUGAUGCAUAAGUCUGUCAAUGUAACGGAAAGAUUAAGAGAAGUCCGUCCUCGAAAAACUGUAGCUACCAUCAGUCAAUACCCCAAAGAAAUAAGAGAUUAUUUCAGAAAGGAAGAAGCUGUUAGAUACUUUGUUCCAGAGAGGGCCUUUUCUUACACUGCAUUAGAUGGUAGAAAAUCCACAGUUGCUCCACUACGAAGGUGUAGCGGCAAGCCAUCAUCGAAAUGCAGAGAACAUUUUAUGCUUAAAGCAGAUAGACCACCGAAUAUCACUGUCCUCUCUCUCGUGAGGGAUGCAGCUGCCCGAUUGCCAGACCAUAUGGGCACUAGAGCCGACGUUUGUGUCCUUGUAAGAGACUCACAAUACAUCGUGGAAGAAGUCUCCGAUGAACAACUCAAUCAAGUUGUCAGUGGCGCCUUGGAUCGAUUACAUUAUGAACACGAUCCAUGCGUGAGAUUCAACGUGGAGAAGAAGUUAUGGUUCUAUUUACACGGGGAAAGAGAAGAAGACGAUUUUGAGUACGAUGCUACUUUUUCGACAAAGAAACGAAGGAGGCAACGAUGAGUCCCGUGAAUGUAUGUUACAUAGAGUUGCAGCUUUUUUGCGCCUUAUAUUAGCUAAAUACCAUCUCUUCUGUAGUCUUGAGUUAUGAUUUUUUGAGUUAGGCCAAGUGAACAAAUAUGAACAU